AUUGAUUUUUAACUAAUCUUUACAGUCCACUUAAUUCAAAUGACCUAAAAUAAAAGUAAACUGUUGUUCCGAGUGUCAUGUACUUUGUCUAUAUAAGGAACAUAUAUUGUAAAGUAUCAGGGAAGACAACAUAUGAAUGUUCGGCAUUAGAAGGAAUGAGAAAGACAUAUCUAAACACGAAAAAGGCUCGAUAUGUUAAAGUUCUCUGAACUCAUGUCAAAUCAAUCAGUUCUGUAUCUGUGCAAAAAUUGUGUGUAUUGAUUUCGAUGCUGUCUGUUUCCCUUUGUUCCUGAUACCGAAGAGUUAUAUAAAUAUGAUUUCUGUUAUACGUCAAUUUUAACUGUCUUUUUCCUGCUUGACUAUGCACGUAUACUUCUGAUAAUUUGUAUCCAAUUUUAUUCUGUAUAUAUGUUUCUCUUGUACCAAAUUAUUUUGAUCAAGUGAAAACUUGAAUCAGAACUUGAUAAUAUAUUUAAGGACCUUAAUAUAUUUAAGGACCUUACUACAUAAUGACUGACGCAUUCGUAAAAUAUAUUAACAAAACUUUAUGUGAAUUUCAAAUCGAGGCCGAUAGAGUGGCGACGUCUGAUAUAGAAGCUGGGAUAAGAACGAUCAUAAAAGAUAUUUUGGAUGCCAUCAAAUAAACAGUCCCAACAUUUGAAAUGUCGGAUGUUAUACCAACCGGAAGUUUUUAUGAAGGUACGAAAAUUGGAGCACCAGACGAGUUCGAUUUCAUGAUAGUUUUAAAACAGUUGACAGGACCUGACAAACUCAAUCUACACAGAGGAUGCUCUGACUGGUACCCACAGAUAGAACUAAAACAAGGAAUGGUAUUUUCUCGAAAAUACAUGGUAAAUACAUUUAUUAAUGACGAACAGAGACACAAGAACUAUCUUGGGAGUCCUAGAAUCCUCGUUUUAGACUUCUGGAGGGAAGUUAGAGAAAUGCUAAAGCGAAAAACAUUUAGCAUUGACACUGCUCGGGGGACAAUAUCAUCUGAAUCCUGUCAAAAGAAAAAAUUGGUGUUCUUUUACAAACACAAAGUGAAAAAGUCAUUACCAAAGCCAAAGAAUGAAGCGGAAGCUAAACUUGCCAUGGUCUUUGUAGAAAGCUUGAAGAUUGGAGUAGACCUUAUGUUAGCAAUCGAACAUCCUUGUUUAGAAUUUAUUCUUCAACUUCCUGGGUUUCCAAAUAGCUUCAAAGAAUUACUUUUUGAACAUAAAUGUCACAUUGUUGCCAAAUCCUGCCACAAAGAUCACUCAUGCUUUCCUGCGUGUUGGUUUAUUUCUUUUUCCACUAUGGAACGUGAACUAAUGAACGGCAUGAAUGAACAUCAUAAAAAAUGUUACAGAAUUCUUAAAUCGUUGAUUGCGAGCGAUAUUUCGAUUUCUUGGAAAUGUAUGAAUCUGUCAUCGUACGUUUUGAAAACUGCAUUUUUAUUUCAUGUGUAUGGAGAAACCAAGUGUUUAUAUUCGAGAACGUUGUCUACUUGUAUUAAGGAUGUCCUAAACUAUUUAUCUACCAAUCUGUUUCACAUUCGAAUGCCGUGCUUCUUUGCAAGAGAUAUGAACACAUGGGGUCAUAUUCUGGAAACUCCUUGUUAUCAUUGGGGAAAACCUAAUUUGCUUCAUCAUGAUGAACCUGAAUCGCUUAAAGUCUCAACUCAUCAUUUUGAACCAGAAUCGCUCAAAGACUCGUCUCAUCAUGUUGAACCAGAAUCGCUCAAAGACUCGUCUCAUCAUGUUGAACCUGAAUUGCUCAAAGACUCGUCUCAUUAUGUUGAAAUGGAAUCGCUCAAAGACUCGUCUCAUCAUGUUAACCCUGAAUCGCUAAACAUUUUACCUCAUCCAGUUGAACUUUGCUGGAUAAAACUUAUGUAUAAAUUUAUACAGUUUCUAAUUGUAUCCUUUGAGAAAGCGACACUACAAUCUCAAAGCGAAUGGGAUGAUGUCAUUUUUAAAUGUUCAUAUUUCAGAGCGGCAGUAUCAAGGUUGAUGGCACUUUAUUCGGACCGUACAAAAAACGAUAUAUUUAGACUUGAAGGAGAUCUAGGUACUUUAGCCCCUUGCACAGAUGAAUUAUUUAAUGACUAUAUAAAAAGUUUGGAUGUGAAUUUCUCCAUCAAGCUUUAUUUCCUCAUGCCUUAAUUACUUCAUGUAAAUAUUUUGUAUAACCAUGUACACCUGUAUUAGUAAUAUUUAGAGAUGUUUUAUAAAAUUCUGUCUUAUUCAUCAUGUCCUCAAAUAAAAUCUUUUUUUACAAAUGCAGCUGAUAUGUUUCUACUCAUUUAAAAACUUAAUUUUAAAUGCUAGUACGUACGUUCCUAUUAAUAAAAAAUAGAAUUAGAAUACUAAUGAAAUUUAUUAAAGAUAUUAAAUUAUUUUUAUAAUGUAAGUUGUUGAUUUUUUUUUCUUUCGGUAUUAGAAUU